UAAAAAUUAAAAAAAGGAGGAAGAGAGAGACGGAAAAGAAAAGGGCGCAAGAAGAGUCGGGGUAGAGAGAAAGGUAAUCUGGAUUCUGGCGGGGUCACGAUUGGAAAUCUUUCGGCGGUCUUUGCCGUUGUCUUCCUUGAGCAGAGCUCUUCAGUUCUCGUCCCUCUCGAUAGAGGAAGCGAGAGCGAUGGCGAUGGUGGUGCCUGCUUACAGAGGCCUAACCCAUGGUCGCCAAUCCUGGUUCUUUCCUCGUAUCUACCCCCAGUUGGCUGGUCUGUAUCCUGUUCGUCCCCAAAAAAAGCAGAAUCACCACCUAAAUGGUGCACUCACGCUUGCUCGAUACUCACCAGCACAAACUAUAUCUACUAGUACGAUUCAGGACAGGAUCAACAAAUUACCUAAGUUGGUGGAAGACAUUAUUCAAAUCUCUAUCAGCACAGGGCCGCGUGGAGCUGUGAGAUUGGCUCAAGGUAUUCAGGCAGUUGUUACUGUUGGUGGCGAGUGGCUAGCAGAUGCGUCAAAGACAAUGAAUACAUCUGCAGAAUUUCCAUCUCAGCUGCAGCUUGGAUUACUCUCUCCUCUAUACUUGAGGCGGUUAUUUGAACGAAUGGGUGCAACAUAUAUAAAGUUAGGUCAGUUUAUAGCAUCAACUCCCACAUUGUUUCCUUCAGAAUACGUUGAAGAGUUCCAAAAUUGUUUUGAUAAGGCUCCUUCUGUUCCCUUUGAACAAAUCGAGGCAAUUUUGCGUGAAGACUUAGGGAGACCCAUAGACAGCAUCUAUGAGUACAUAGACCCAGUACCUAUUGCUUCUGCUUCAAUUGCUCAGGUCCAUGGUGCAAGGCUCAGGGGUUCCUCUGAAGAAGUAGUCAUCAAGGUGUUAAAGCCUGGGAUGGAAGAUGUCUUGGUGGCUGACCUGAAUUUUGUAUAUGUUGUUGCUAGAAUUUUAGAGUUCUUGAGUCCAGAGAUUAGCCGUACAUCACUGGUGGGAAUUGUGCAAGAUAUAAGGGAAUCUAUGCUAGAAGAGGUUGAUUUUCAUAAAGAAGCAGCAAAUAUUGAGUCCUUCAGAGGAUACUUGGAAACUAUGGGUCUCACAAGGCAGGCAAAAGCUCCAAAAGUCUAUAAGCACUGCAGUACACGACGAGUAUUGACCAUGGAGCGGCUUUAUGGUGUUCCUCUAACUGACCUUGACUCAAUACGUUCACUUGUUUCCAGCCCAGAGACAAGUCUGAUAACUGCUCUAAACGUGUGGUUUGGAAGUUUGCUUGCUUGUGACACCUUUCAUGCAGAUGUACAUGCUGGAAACUUGUGGUUAUUGAACGAUGGUCGCAUAGGGUUUCUUGAUUUUGGCAUAGUUGGGCGGAUAUCCCCCAAGACCUGGGCUGCGGUGGAUACAUUUUUAACAUCAAUAGUAACAGGGGAAUAUGAAGAAAUGGCUUCUGCUUUAAUUGAGAUGGGUGCAACAGAUAAGGAUGUUGAUUCUAUAGCCUUUGCAAGUGACUUGGAGAAGAUAUUUUCAUCGAUUCAGGAUUUGGAUACAGAACUCAUUGUUACGGCAGCCAGGGGCCCAAAUACCGCUGCUGUUUCUGCUAACCUGGUUGUUGACGAGAGGCAGAUGAAUGCUCUGUUCCUUGAUGUUGUCAGAGUGAGCGAAUCUUAUGGGCUGAAGUUUCCUCGUGAAUUUGCGCUGCUUUUAAAGCAGCUUCUGUAUUUCGAUCGCUAUACCAGACUGCUGGCCCCAAAUUUAAACAUGCUUCAAGACCAGAGAGUUGCCAUUGCCAACAGAAGAGAUGCAAACAAGAAUUCAUUUCGAAGAACGACACAGAUGUGAUUCGUAGUGGCUAUAGUACGCUUCUCUCUUGGGAUACGUGCCACCGUUGUUUGUAUAAUGUAUGUAGCUGGAAAAUUGUGAUCAAAAUGUACAAAGUGGCGAUCGUAGGUGCCUGUUACUCGUAUGUAUCUUCUUCAUCUACUUAAAGGGAGAAGUUCCGUCUUCUUUCUUUCAACUCAAUUGAUGGUUGUCGGCUUGAUCAGUGGAUAUGUAUCCUGACCGUCAACUUUAUCUUUCAGGAGUGUUGCACUUAUUCUUGGAUGUGCAGGCAUGUAAUACAUUUCCGAUUGUUGAGGAAAGUGUUCUCUUGAUCAA